GUUCAUACGCGAUCCAUGCUCCGGACACGAGCGCGAAAGCGGGAGCCGAAGGUCGUACAUUUCUACUGGGGUCCAGGAGCUUCACAGAGCCGCAUGAUGGCAUCUGAGGAGGGGCAGGUGUACGUGGUGACGGGGGGCUGCGGCUUCCUGGGGUCCCACCUGGUGCGGAUGCUGGUGGAGCACGUCAGCAAUGUGUCGGAGAUAAGAGUGUUUGACCUGCACCUGGACGAGGCGCUGCGGACGCUCAGUAACGAACAUGUAAAGGUCAAACUGAUCCAAGGAGACAUCUCCUCGCUGGAGGACGUCCGCUCCGCCCUCACUGGUGGUCACGUGGUCAUACACACAGCCAGCCUGGUGGACGUCUGGGGCCGUGUCCCGGCCAGCAAGGUCACAAAGGUCAAUGUGACAGGGACGGAGAACGUGCUGAGAGUAUGUGAGGAGGAAGGGAUCCAGUACCUGGUCUACACCAGCAGCAUGGAGGUCGUGGGGCCCAACAUACACGGGGAUCCAUUCUACAGGGGCAAUGAAGACACAGAAUACACCGUGUACCACAACCAACCGUACCCGCUGAGCAAAUCUAAAGCCGAGAAGAUGGUGCUGGAGGCCAAUGGGAAGAAGAUAAAGGGCGGGAAGACCCUUUACAGCUGCUCGCUGCGUCCCACAGGGAUCUACGGCGAGGGACACGAGCUGAUGAGGCAGUUUUAUAAGCAGGGGCUGCGGACUGGACGCCGGGUCUUCAGAGCCAUCUCUCCAGCUACAGAACAUGGCAGAGUUUAUGUCGGUAACGUGGCCUGGAUGCACGUCCUCGCUGCCCGCCAGCUGCAGGAGCGCCCCUCAGUUCUUGGUGGACAGGUGUAUUUCUGCUACGACCACUCUCCAUAUAAAAGCUACGAGGAUUUUAAUAUGGAGUUCCUGUCAUCCUGCGGAUUUCGGAUGGUCGGGUCUCACCCGCUGGUGCCUUAUUUCCUUCUGUAUUUGCUGGCGCUACUUAAUUCACUUCUGCAAUGGAUUCUCCACCCGUUCUGCACCUACGCCCCGAUACUCAACCCAUACACCCUGGCGGUGGCCAGCACCACAUUCACCGUGCAGACAGACAAGGCAGAGAGACAUUUUGGUUACAAGCCUCCGUUCAGCUGGGAGGAGAGCAAGCGGCAUACAGUGGCCUGGGUGAGGAGCUUCGAGGAGGGGGCGAAGAGCCAAUGACACCCACCAUAACGGGGUGUCACCGGUCACUAUACAGUACAGACAUGACAUAACGGGGUGUCACCGGUCACUAUACAGUACAGACAUGACAUAACGGGGUGUCACCGGUCACUAUACAGUACAGACAUGACAUAAUGGGGUGUCACCGGUCACUAUACAGUACAGACAUGACAUAACGGGGUGUCACCGGUCACUAUACAGUACAGACAUGACAUAACGGGGUGUCACCGGUAACUAUACAGUACAGACGUGACAUAACGGGGUGUCACCGGGCACUAUACAGUACAGACGUGACAUAACGGGGUGUCACCGGUCACUAUACAGUACAGACAUGACAUAACGGGGUGUCACCGGUCACUAUACAGUACAGACAUGACAUAACGGGGUGUCACCGGUCACUAUACAGUACAGACAUGACAUAACGGGGUGUCACCGGUCACUAUACAGUACAGACAUGACAUAACGGGGUGUCACCGGUCACUAUACAGUACAGACAUGACAUAACGGGGUGUCACCGGUAACUAUACAGUACAGACGUGACAUAACGGGGUGUCACCGGGCACUAUACAGUACAGACGUGACAUAGCGGGGUGUCACCGGUCACUAUACAGUACAGACAUGACAUAACGGGGUGUCACCGGUCACUAUACAGUACAGACAUGACAUAACGGGGUGUCACCGGUCACUAUACAGUACAGACGUGACAUAACGGGGUGUCACUGGGCACUAUACAGUACAGACAUAACGGGGUGUCACCGGGCACUAUACAGUACAGACGUGACAUAGCGGGGUGUCACCGGGCACUAUACAGUACAGACGUGACAUAGUGGGGUGUCACCGGUCACUAUACAGUACAGACGUGACAUAACGGGGUGUCACCGGUCACUAUACAGUACAGACAUGACAUAACGGGGUGUCACCGGUCACUAUACAGUACAGACGUGACAUAACGGGGUGUCACUGGGCACUAUACAGUACAGACAUAACGGGGUGUCACCGGGCACUAUACAGUACAGACGUGACAUAGCGGGGUGUCACCGGGCACUAUACAGUACAGACGUGACAUAGUGGGGUGUCACCGGGCACUAUACAGUACAGACGUGACAUAGCGGGGUGUCACCGGGCACUAUACAGUACAGACGUGACAUAGCGAGGUGUCACCGGGCACUAUACAGUACAGACGUGACAUAGCGGGGUGUCACCGGGCACUAUACAGUACAGACGUGACAUAACGGGGUGUCACCGGGCACUAUACAGCACAGACGUGACAUAGCGAGGUGUCACCGGGCACUAUACAGUACAGACAUGACAUAGCGGGGUGUCACCGGGCACUAUACAGAACAGAUGUGACAUAACGAGGUGUCACCGGGCACUAUACAGUACAGACGUGACAUAGCGGGGUGUCACCGGGCACUAUACAGUACAGACGUGACAUAACGGGGUGUCACCGGGCACUAUACAGCACAGACGUGACAUAGCGAGGUGUCACCGGGCACUAUACAGUACAGACGUGACAUAGCGGGGUGUCACCGGUCACUAUACAGUACAGACGUGACAUAACGGGGUGUCACCGGGCACUAUACAGUACAUACGUGACAUAACGGGGUGUCACCUG